AACAGCCAGGCCACCGCAGCCUCCGCACCACUAAACUUUCCCCGGAGCCGGCGCUGGGAGUGAGCCAUAGCUGGAGAUUGCUCUUGAGUCAGUGACCUUUCCAAUUCCUCCAGCAUCUUAGAAGAUAAGAUGUGUGAAGGGAACAAGACCACCAUGGCCAUCCCCCAACUCAUGCCCCUGGUAGUAGUCCUGAGCACCAUCUCCUUGGUCACAGUGGGGCUCAACCUGCUGGUCCUGUAUGCUAUGUGGAGCGAGCGGAAGCUACACACUGUGGGGAACCUGUACAUCAUUAGCCUCUCAGUGGCAGACCUGAUUGUGGGAGCUAUUGUCAUGCCUAUGAACAUCAUCUAUCUCUUCAUGUCCACCUGGUCUCUGGGCUGGCCUCUCUGCCUCUUUUGGCUUUCCAUGGACUAUGUAGCCAGCACAGCAUCCAUUUUCAGUGUCUUCAUCUUGUGUAUUGAUCGCUACCGCUCUGUCCAGCAGCCCCUCAAGUACCUGAAGUAUCGUACCAAGACCCGAGCAUUGGCCACUAUCUUGGGAGCCUGGUUUCUCUCCUUCCUCUGGAUUAUUCCCAUUCUCGGCUGGCAUCACUUCAUGCCCGAGAGCUCAGGGCACCAGAAGGACAAAUGUGAGACAGACUUCUACAAUGUCACCUGGUUCAAGAUCAUGACUGCCAUCAUCAACUUCUACCUACCUACCUUUCUCAUGCUCUGGUUCUAUGCCAAAAUCUACAAGGCUGUACGGAGGCACUGUCAGCAUCGGGAGCUCAUCAAUGGAUCCCUCCCUUCAUUCUCUGAAAUUAAACUGAAGCCAGAGAACCCCAAGAUGGAGGCCAAGAAACCAAAGAAGGAGUCUCCCUGGGAGAUUCUGAAAAGGAAAACAAAAGUUGCUGGUGGUAGACCUGUCUUGAAGUCACCAUCCAAAAACCCAAAGGAGAUGAAAUCCCCAGGUGUCUGCAGUCAAGAAGAGGAUGAAGAAGUGGACAAACUUCACUGCUUCCCACUUAAUACUGUCCAAACGCAGACUGAGGCAGAGGGGAGUGGCAGGGACUACAUAGCCAUCAACCAGAGCCAGAGCCAGCUUGAGAUGGAUGAGCAGGACCUUAUUAUGCAUGGGGCCUGUGAGGUGUCAGAGGAUCAGACCCUAGGUGAUAACCAGUCCUUCUCUCCGACAGACUCAGACACCCCCACUGAAUCAGCAUUGGAGAAAGGCAAACCGAGAAGUGAGUCUAGUAAAGGCCUCAGUUAUAUCAAAUUCACUUGGAAGAGGGUCCGCUCACAUUCAAGACAGUAUGUGUCUGGGUUGCACAUGAGCCGAGAACGGAAGGCUGCCAAACAAUUGGGUUUUAUUAUGGCGGCCUUCAUCCUUUGCUGGAUUCCUUACUUCAUCUUCUUCAUGGUCAUUGCCUUCUGUAGCACCUGUUGCAACGAACAUGUACACAUGUUCACUAUCUGGCUAGGCUACAUCAACUCCACACUGAACCCCCUCAUCUACCCUUUGUGCAAUGAGAACUUCAAGAAGACAUUCAAGAAAAUUCUGCACAUUCGCUCCUAAGGGAGGCUACAGGAGAAUCCAACAAAGUGACACUUAGGAUGUCCCUGAAGAAAAUGGAGGGUGAAGGCCUGUGAGUUGCCAGGUACCUGAGCUUUCUGGAGUCAAAAGACUAGUCUUAGGGGCAUGGUCAUUUGCAAAGUUCUCAGGCACUAUUGGAAGAACUGCAGGUGGCGGUGGU